AUGACGAUGCAGAAGCGCACAACCUUCACGAGCAUAACGCCACUGCCACCCUCCAUCAACCGCAAGCAGGCCGUGGCGUUCCUCCACGACCAUGAGCAGAUGAUCGACCUCAACCCGCUGGUCAUCAAGCACACUGUCAUCCCGCCGCCCGACCACGCGCCGCCCGAGGAGAUGCACUGCGAGUGGCACUCCAUCACCGACAGGAUCGAGUACGUCCCCGGCGUGACGGCGCUGUCGGGCCUGACGACGUACACGUGCUGCUUCCACGACAUGGCCUGGGGUCUCCAGACGCACUGCUACGCCGGCUUUGGGCUCGAGAUCCGCGACAAGUGGAGCGUCGGGGGCAACGAACCCGGCGAGGAGCCCGAGAGGCACGAGAUUGGUAUGGGCAUCCCCGCCAAAGGCCUCUACCUGCGCGAGGAGGUGGACUUUACGUGCAACGUCCUCAUGGCUGCCUUUGUGCGCAAGACAAUGAAGAAGGCCCACGGACACCUCGUCGAGGCCCUGGCCAACAAGGCUGAACGCGAUGCGCGCGAGGGAGGGCUGGUGGGCCCGCACAACGGAGGCGGCGCCUUUGUGUCGACGGGGGCAGGGCAGCAGCAGCAGCAUCAAGGGCCGGUGGCAGAACUGCAUGGACCGACGAUUGGGCUUGUCGAGGCCCCGGGGAGUCAGCCUGAGCCGCGAAGCGCCAUGUAUCGGCAAUGA